AUGGCUUCACAUUCGGCCCAGAACAGAAGAUCGCAUACCGGUAGGGCGAAGAGAACCCGUCCUGAAUCGAGAGAAGAAAAGCGGCUUGCGAGAGGCGCGGUCCGGAACGGCGGCCUUCUCCCUGGAUGCGACGGUCCAAAGAUGCACCCUUUCAAGCACCGACGGGCAAGAAUCUUAUACGAUGCUCUCAUUUCCAGCAAUGACGCAACGAACACCGCCACAAGCAGUAGCGGCGCGGACUCGGGCAGCGAUGAGGCAAUGUCUAUUGACGACGAAACAACCUCUGGGAGCGAAGGACAUGUGUUCAAGGUCAAGAUCGAUUCUAAAGUCUAUGCAUUGAAGCUGUUCAAGUUUUUUGACAUGGAAGCUGCACGCUCUGAAUUCUUCAGCGUUGACAACGAGGACAUCGGGGAUAAAGAAUUCGAGGAACACAUUGAUCCUUUCUAUGCGGAGUGCCGUGCAUAUGGUGCUAUCCAAGAGAAAAUCUACCACGGACAUCCACCACCAGACGAGAAGGAUUGGGUUGCGGCCCCAUGCUAUGGCUAUCUCCAUAUCUCGGCCGCGGAUGAAGCUGUAAUACGCGGCAAAUUCAACAUCGAGGACUGGAAUCGCCCGGAAGGCGGAGAUCAUGCGAAGCCCAUCAGGGCCCUUGUCAAAGAGUUCAUUGAGCAGGAAGAUGCCGUUGACACGAAAAGGCGGUCGGUGCGUCGCAUGCGUAAAGAUUUGUUGAUGAUACGCAGUGCUGGUGUCUAUACUCGGGAUCUCUUCGCUCGUAAUUAUCGAGGAGGCCUUCUCGUUGACUUUGGCCAAUCGUUUACAGAACCGCAUUGUGCGUUACGAGUCUUGCCAAAGCGGCAGGCCAAUGCUGAGAAACAGCAAGACCUGCGCCUCUUUUACAGAAUGAUGGAACGCCUUCGUGUCCAGUAUUCCGUACGAACAAUGCCGGAAAGGGUCAUACCAACACGCCAGGGGACGUUUCGCCGGGAGACGCAAGAUCUUUGGGAGCUCGAUGGCACUGGGAACGCUCGACGGAUCAUUUAA